AUGCCGCCGACCUCCUCAUCCCUCAUUAUAUCCAGCAGGGUUCCCCUCAUCUUCGGAGGACCUGAUGACCUAGGCCCUGUGGCGGCCCUUGCUGGAGGGGCAGAUGGGGUGUGUAGCGCCGACGAUGCGCCAGAGAUGCCCGGNAAGCUUCCGGUUGCCGCCCCGUUGUUGCUGGAAGGGUGGGCCUCCAGCUGCCCUCCGCACACGGCGCUCAGGCAGCCAACGGGAGAGACCGCCGCCGAGCUGAAGGCUGCGGUGAUGUUGGCCGCUGCUAAAGCCGCGCCGCUGGCGAGGUGCGCACGAGGGCAGAGAGGCUGGUACACGAGCGAAGCACAGCACGAGAUCUCCGAAGCGUCUAAGGAGAUUAAGGCGGUCCAGCAGCAACUGCGUGGGGCCUCAAAGAACAGCGCCUUCGAGGCGACCCUGAAGGCGAUGCUCAAGGCGGCGCGGAAGAAGCGCAGCACCGCGAGGUGGAGCGCACUGGAAACGUUCUUCGAGGGCUAUGUGCGGCAGCUCGAGAAGAAAAGCCGCGAUGGGGAUCAGGCGGGUUUCUACAGGCACCUGAAGAUGAUCGACCUCGAAGGUAAGAAAGAGGUCGUACACCUCUCAGAACAUCAAGGACGAGGACGGCAAGGUCCUCCGGGACCCCACGUUUAUUCGCCAACGGUGGGCACGGUGGUUCCACAAGAUUCUCAACACCAUGUCCCCGGCCAUCGACCUGACCUGCAUGCGGCCGACAAGGCCAAGCGGUGGCCCACGUGCGUGCCACUCGACGACAUAUCAUCUCUACGUAAGGUUGAGGAAGCGCUACGGCAAAUGACCGACAGAAAGGCCGUCGGGCCGGACGACCUACCGGCUGAGCUGAUCAAGCUUUUCCUGGACGGAGAUCAAGGUCUCCUCCGCGAAUUCCACGCCAUUGUCGUGGACGUGUGGCAGACUGGGGACGUACCACAGCAGUGGAAGGAUGCCACAACCAAGGUGCUGUUCAAGAAGGGGGACACGAUGGAGUGCGGCAACUACCGGAGCAUCUCUCUCGUCGCACACGCCGGCAAGGUGCUGCUUAAGGUCGUCGCUACACGACUGAGCCACUACUGCGAGCGAGAGGGCAUCCUCCCGGAGGAGCAGAGCGGUUUCCGCCCACACCGGUCGACGCUCGACAUGCUGUUCGCCAUCCAGCGGCUCCAUGAGCUCGCGAGGAAGAAGAGUACUGCGGUGUUCGCGUGCUUCGUCGACCUCACCAAGGCAUACGAUUCGGUGGACCGAGACCUACUGUGGGACGUGCUCCGACGCUUCGGCGUGCCCCCGAAGACACUGGCCUUCGACGUGGGCCAAGGCCUCCGGCAGGGAUGCAAUCUGGUCCCGCUGCUGUUCAACUUGUUCUUUGCCGCGAUGCUCAUGGUCGCCGUGGCCGAGUUCGACAAGGACCCCAAGGUGCCGGCGGACAUGGUCAAGAUCGGAACACAAGUGGAGUACAUGGGCAAGAAGGGCAGGUCGGCUGGGAAGAAGACGACGGUGGUGACGGACGCGGAGGCCUUGUGGGCCAUGCUCUACGCUGACGACGCGGCCAUCGUCUCGCGCUCGCCGGAGAGUCUCGAGAAGAUGAUGUCGGUCAUCGUGCGCGUGGCCGGCCUGUUCGGACUGAUGGUAUCGGAGCCAAAGACGGAGAUCAUGUGCAUGCUGCCGAAAGGGAUCGAGGAACGCCCGUUCACGGUCAGCGCCGCCGGCCAGACGUACAAGCAGACAGAUCGGUUUGUGUACCUCGGACGUACCAUCUCCGCGGACGGGAAGGCCGACCGGGAGAUCACGAGCCGCAGCUGCCGAGCAUGGAAGUGCUACCGCUGGAACAGUGCUUCGAUGCUGCGAGGAAACCAUCGAGGCCACCUUGCGCAAACGGAGACUGUGUUCGCGGGCUUUGUUAUGCGCAUGGAGGACAGCCGCCUCCCCAAGGGCAUGCUGCUAGGAGCGAUGGCGGCGGGCGUGGGAUACCGGGGCGGGCAGGAGAGCUGCUGGGUGUCUCGUCUAGGAGAAAACCUCGUGGCCUUGAACAUGGGAGACGAAAAGGAAGGGGGGUAAAUGGAAAGAGAGCGCCAAGGAUCGGGAGGUGUGGUACAACAAGGUCGAGGACGGGGCGGCAUGGUUCAUGAGGAAAUGGCACAGGCAAGUGG